AUGAAUUUUCCACUAAUCUUCAACUCCUCCAUAUUAAUUACAAUCUCAAUUCUAAUUUUACCCAUCCUCAUAUCAACAUUUAACAUAAAUAUUAUAAACCUCCAUCACUUAAUUAAAACAUCAGUUAAAACAGCAUUCCUAAUUAGCAUUAUUCCACUUAUCAUUUUUCUAGACCAAGGUCUUGAAUCAAUUACCACUAACUUUCACUGAAUAAACAUUAAUACAUUUGACAUUAAUAUGAGCUUUAAAUUUGAUAUUUAUUCUUCUAUUUUUAUCCCUAUCGCUUUAUUCGUAACAUGAUCUAUCUUAGAAUUUGCCACCUGAUAUAUAGCCUCAGACCCAAUAAUUUCCCGAUUCUUUAAAUACCUUCUUACUUUCCUUGUAGCCAUAGUUAUUUUAGUCACAGCUAACAACUUUUUUCAAUUUUUCAUUGGUUGAGAAGGCGUAGGCAUCAUAUCCUUCCUCUUAAUCGGAUGAUGAUAUGCUCGAGCAGAGCCAAACACAGCAGCUCUCCAAGCAGUAAUUUAUAACCGAGUCGGGGAUAUUGGUUUAAUUCUUAGCAUAGCAUGAGUAGCGAUAAACCUAAACUCAUGGGAAAUACAACAAGUUUUUAUAUUAAACUCAGAUAACCUUACGUUACCACUUCUUGGAUUAAUUCUAGCAGCUACUGGCAAAUCCGCACAAUUCGGCCUUCACCCAUGACUACCGGCCGCAAUAGAAGGUCCCACUCCUGUAUCAGCCCUACUUCAUUCUAGCACAAUAGUAGUUGCAGGAAUUUUUUUGCUGAUCCGAAUUAGCCCUAUAAUAAAUAAUAAUCAAACAGCACUUACAAUUUGCCUUUGUCUUGGAGCAAUAACAACUCUAUUUACAGCUGCCUGCGCCUUAACCCAAAAUGAUAUUAAAAAGAUUGUAGCAUUUUCAACAUCAAGCCAGCUUGGAUUAAUAAUAGUCACAAUUGGACUAAUCUUCCAACUAGCCUUCUUCCACAUUUGCAAUAAUGCAUUCUUUAAAGUAUAUUAUUUCUUUUGUUCAGGUCAAUAUUCUUCAUGCCUUAAUGAUGAACAAGAUAUUCGAAAAAUAGGAGGCCUACAAAAUUCUUUACCAAUCACUACAUCUUGCUUAACAAUUGGCAGCCUAGCCUUAACCGGGACCCCAUUCCUAGCAGGAUUCUUCUCAAAAGACGCUAUCAUUGAAGCCCUUAACACCUCUCAAACCAACACCUGAGCCCUAACACUCACAUUAAUUGCAACAUCCUUUACCGCUAUUUAUAGCUUUCGAGUAAUUUUCUUUGCAUCUAUGGGUCAUCCACGAUCAAAUCCAUUAUCACCUAUUAACGAAAACAACAAAACAGUGAUCAACCCAAUUAAACGAUUAGCCUGAGGUAGUAUUGUAGCUGGCCUAUUAAUUGCCUCAAAUAUGCUUCCAAUUAAUUCCCCUAUUAUAACUAUACCAACAUUAGCAAAACAGGCAGCUAUUAUCGUUUCGGUUACAGGAUUAAUCAUUGCAAUAGACCUUUCUAAGUUAACAACCUACAUUAACCAAGAAUCAAAAACAAAUAUUCAUUCCUUCUCUAAUCUCCUUGGAUUCUUCCCAACUAUUAUUCACCGAAUAAUACCAAAAACCAAUCUUAACUUAGCACAAAACAUUGCAACCCAUUUAAUUGAUCUAUCCUGAUAUGAAAAAUCAGGUCCACAAGGAAUAGUAAACCAACAACUGCCAAUAAUUAAAACCACCACAAAUAUUCAACAAGGGUUAAUUAAAACUUACUUAACCCUUUUCCUUAUAACUUCGGCAAUUAUCAUUACCUUAUUCUAA